AUGCGAUUGGCUACAAGUGGGUUAAAGCUGCUGGAGAGCACCGAGAGAGAGGAAAAUGCGGGAGAAGUGGCAGCAGCUCUCAUUGAAGCAAACAGUGAGUUAAUGACACUUUUUUUCCGCCAUAUUGCAGUUUGCCCACCGCACGGACCUUUCAAGUAUUACAGCGCCAUCACCUUCACGGAGAGGGUGCGUCGUUGGAUUGCGGCAAAUGGUUCGGAAAGAAACGUUGUGACGCUGCAAGGAUUAACCCCAACGGCGGUCCUUCACCUGAUGGAGAAGUAUUACAAUACAAAUCACCUACGGAGCUGGCCGUUGUUGUACGUGCCUGCUGAGAUACGUCUGAAGGACGUGCUUGCGCUUCUGGGUGAGGAAAAGUGA